GGCCCCGGAUGCAUGCGGGGUGAAGAUUGUAAAAGUUUGUUUGAAAAAAUUAAAAAACUUCCAUCUUUUUUUAAAGUGAUUGCCACACGAAAGAACCUGUUUCUCAAAAAAAGAUAUGGAAACGAAAAUUGUUUGACCGCAUCGGACGCGUUGCAUCAUGGGUAUUGCCCAAGGAAAGAUGAUGAGAUCAGUUUUGUCCUCGGAAAUGAUUGAAAGGGGUCCCGGUGAAUGGGGGGAGCGAGACACCUUUUAUGUUAGCUGCCCCUAUAUAAGGGCCCACUCUCUUCAGCUCUUCAGGAAAACUUCAUUCCUCUUUGGUAUUAAACAGAACGCUUAGCAUGAAGCUGUGGAUUGUAUUUUUAUUUGCGUUGCUGGCACUGGCAUCUGCAGCCGGUAAAUAUGGUGGUGGUGGCGGCCAUGGAGGAGGAGGUCGAGGUGGUGGCCUCGGAGGAUACCGUGGAGGUGGAGGAGGAGGCAAAUGGGGUGGUGGAGGUGGACAUGGCGGUGGCCUAGGAGGUUAUAGAGGAGGUGGAGGAAGUAAAUGGGGUGGCGGUGGAGGUAUGCGUGGCCACGGAGGUGGUGGAUACGGUGGCGGUGGAGGAUAUGGCAAAGGACAUAGAGGAGGUGGAGGAGGCUACGGAGGAGGUGGUGGAAAACGCGGAGGAGGAGGUGGAGGAUAUGGUGGAGGAGGAUAUGGAAAACAUGGUUAAAAGGAAAAGAAAGAGGGGAGAACUCACAUAGCCAAAAAACUUAAGAAAAGGAAGUGAACGUUAAGAUACACAAAGAAGCCUGUGCAGUCAACUAACGAAGAAAUGAGAUGAUUUUUUUUUUUAAUUACGUUUUAGUGUUUUUAAGAUCUACAAAUAAAACACAUGUUUUUAUUUUUACAAA